AUGAUUUCACCCUUAGACCAGGCUGUCAAGGGUACCGUGCCUGAAGCCCGGACGCCCACGCCAGAGCCAUUGCAUGCUUCAUCUGCCUCCCCGCUACAGCCCUCAACAUCAGAUCCGCUUGCCACGCUACCAUCAUCCCCUCCCCAGAUCUACCUGAACCUGUUGAUUCUUGAAGCAUCACUUCGAGCACAAUAUUUAGCUCUACGGGAGCGUCGUCGUCAAAAUACUUUUUUCCUGCUCCUUUUGGCUGCCUGGAUCGCCUACUUUGCAUACGCGCUGUUCCUCCGCCCGCGAGAAGAUGGCCGCGGCGUCGGCGGCUCUGUGUAUUGGGUGAUUGAGAUGGGAGAAAAGGUCGCCUUGUUAGGAGGAGUGGUGACAGCUCUGUUGGUCUGGGGCACUGGACAAUGGGAGCGUGGGAUUCGCUGGCCCAGGCGCUGGCUCGCGAUCUCGAAUCGCGGCCUCCGCGUCAUGAACACCAAGAUUAUUGUCAUUCGUGGUCCUUGGUGGCAGGAGUUGUUGUCCUACAUCUCAUUUCUAUUUCCCUUCUCUUUACCGUUCUUUCCCUCUCCAACCGGCAACUUCCACUUCGUCGAGCGCCAUUCCUCCGAGAAACGCGGUAGUCGGCAGCACUACCAACAGUACUAUAACGGCAGCGACACCGAGUCCGGACUGGUAGAGGAAGACUUGAGUCCAGGUGGCGACUACAUUCGUCUGCUCUUGCUACCGAAGUCGUUCUCCCCAGAGUUCCGCGAGAACUGGGACGACUAUCGGACCGACUUCUGGGAGAAGGAAAAUGAGCGCCGAACUCAACUACGCCAUAGAAUGCGCGAACGUGAUCGUCAGAUUGCCCAGGCCGAAGGGGGUUGGCUCUGGCGGAUUGGAUUAGGCUGGCGCGCUUCUCAGCGCCGCCGUUUGGUGGCAGCUACAUACAAUCGGUCUCUUGAGCCAGAAACCAAGCACAGAAUUCAUCCUCACCACCAACAUCACCCAUCCGUCUCCUCCAAACUUAGCCAGGAGCAUCGUGCCCCUUCUAUCCGGCGCGGUACUCGGUCUGAUUCAACCCAUUCUCGCACCUCCUCUCGCAGCACCACCCCGAUUGAUGUCGAGGACCGACCGCCUUCGAGAUCCUCAACAUCUGGCCGUCCGCGACGUGGAAGCACUACUCCCUCGGUGUCUGGUCUAGAAGCUAGUCCGCAGCAGCGGAAACGCAAGGGAUCGAAGAGUCUGCGUCGUGGUCUAUCGCCUCUGACACAGGCGCAGAUUCGUGAAGGUGUACGGACACCGUCAUUCUCGUCUGAUGAUUCUGGGAUUUUACCUAUGAGCGAGAAGGAGAGGGACUCUAUGCCAGGCUCAGUGCCUGGCGCUGUUUGA